AUGAGUUCUAAGCUUAUUAAAGCUCUUAUUCCAUUGCAAUUUGUGCUUUUCAUUGUGUGCAUUUCGAAGUCGUCUCGUGCGCUGCAGGAAUCAUUUUAUGAAAAACGAUGCCCAGGCGUCAACGUGUUGUCUGUUGUAAAGGACGAAGUUACGAGUGAGUACAAGAAGGACCAAACUAUUGCUCCUGCUUUACUAAGAUUGCAUUUUCACGACUGUUUUGUCCGGGGCUGCGAUGCUUCGGUUCUCAUAGACUCGACUCCAUCUAUCAAUGCCGAGAAAUCCGCACCACCGAAUAACCCGAGCCUUAGAGGUUUUGAAGUUAUAGACGAUGCGAAAAACAGGCUUGAAUCCAUGUGCAAAGGCAUUGUCUCGUGUGCCGAUAUAAUCGUGUUUGCAGCUAGAGAUAGUGUCUUGUUCUCGGGAGCAUUCGAGUACUAUUACGAAGUGCCAGCCGGGAGGAGAGACGGUAAAGUGUCCUUAGCUUCCGAAGCGUUGACUAAUUUGCCACCUCCUACAUUAAAUGUCAAUCAACUCAUUCAAGCCUUUGCAAAGAAAGGUUUUUCACAAGAUGAAAUGGUCACACUUUCUGGCGCGCACACAUUGGGCCGGGCCCACUGCACAUCCUUUUCUAACAGGCUGUACAACUUCAGCACGGGCUCGGGCCAAGACCCGACUUUGGACAGUAUGUACGCAGCCCGACUCAAAGAUCAGUGCCCAAAACCGGGCACAAACCCAAAACCGGUAGUUUUCAUGGACCCUGAAACCCCUGCAUUGUUAGACGUCAAUUAUUACAGUGAUAUUUUGACAAACAAAGGCCUGUUUACAUCAGAUCAGACUUUGUUAACAAACCAACAAACGAAAGCACAAGUGAUUCAAAAUGCCAAUAAUCAAUUUUUGUGGUCAAAAAAGUUUGUCGAUGCAAUGGUGAAAAUGGGGUGUAUUGGGGUCUUGACGGGUAGAGAAGGUGAGAUUCGUGCAAAUUGUAGAGUGGUCAAUGAGUGA